AUGCAGAUUUUUCUAAGCAUUCUCUUAGUAGCACAGGUAAGUAGUUGAACUUUUUUUUAAACAAAUUUCUUCGAAACAAAAUGUGUUAAGGUAAGAGCCGAUCUUCAAUUAGUGGUGGUUUGGGGUAAGCCAACAACUCUAUCAACCAACACGAUUAUGACUACAACCUAUGACAAUUGUCUUACGACGUUCUACAACACUGCCCGAUACGUUCUCGCCUGGUUCACUGCCUCCACCUCCACCUGCGCACUUUUCAUGCCGAAUGGAAGUUUGGUCGCUCAAAAAAUGAAUAGCUCUUCCGGGUCUCGAGUUGUUUUUAAGGUAUUUCUUUGGCUAGGCACUGUGCGUUUUGAGUGCAUUGAACGAGUCGCUGCAUAACUCGAAGAGCAUAAUUCGGAGAGAAUAAUCGUCAACUGCAAAAUUGACCAGCAUAACAUUUCCUGCAACUUUCCAGUUGACCACUUCUCUCUGCAAUUGUUUUUUCUUGAGAUACAGGCUGCUGAAAACAAUCGUUCAGAGGGCAUCCAAAAAGAUAGACAGACAGACAAACGCCUCUUGUGUUUUUAGAUAAAUUUCAGAGAAACACGAUAGACAACUGUCCGGCGAUCGCCUCAAGUGUUCCGCCGUUGUUCGGACAAACGUUUGCAGAGGUUCGCUUUCUUUUCUCCGGAUACCAGGCAUUGCACUGCCUACCCUUUGGCGAAAAAAAAAUUUCGCGUGCUUUUUUGCGUGCGGCUCUCAGUGUCGAUUUACGCGAUACAAUUUUUCAACUGAAAAUGAUGUUUUUCCGAGUUUUUGGGAUUAUGCACACUUUUCCAUUCAAAACUUUUGCCUCACGUUUGUUCAAAUGACCGAUAGCUACAAAAUGAUCACACAGAGUGCUCGUGUAAAAGCGAAAAUUCGAAAAGUAAUUUCGUUUUUUUUUUAAUUUGGCUUGAAAAACGCGAACUUUCGGAAGUUUCGAGAAAACAGUUGCCUCACGAUUGUUCAGCAGACAAAGGCGGUCAUUUUGAGCCAAGGGGCGGCGCAUAAAAUGCAAAAAUUUCAGUUUUUGAAGAUCCGAACUUAAAUUCACAGAAAAUUGUAAUAACGCGCGCUUUCUUGUUCGCAAAACGCUAAUUUAAGGUCACAGCUGUCAUUAACAAUUCGGAAAUUCUCUGUUUUACUUCAUUUUUCUCAUUUUCGCAUGAAAUUUCGGGGUUUUCGGAGAAAAAAAUCCAGAAAUUUCAGAGACCCGCUUUUGUUUUCAACGACACUCCGUUUUAACGCGGCGCUCAAUUUAGCAUUAGCUCGAUUGUUGGCGAGACAAAUCAUUGAUACAUUUUUCAGUGGUACUUUUCAAGUGUCACCACGUCAACCGGCUACUACAACAUCACUGAAACUACAAAAAGUGGCGUCACCUCGUGGAUUUUUCGUUUUCGCAACUAUGUCGAGUGUGAUGCGGAUUCUCAAGUAUUGGCGAGAUCGAACGCUUAUAUUUGUGUGACUGUAACGUUACUCGACAGUAAAUAAUGAUCUCCGUUUUUUGCAGGCCCGAUUAUUCCCUUCGCCAUACUGUCAGAGCCAAACGGAUGCUCAGACAUUGUGCAAAAAUGGUAGUGGCCUCAGCCUAACUGGUCCCGCUAGUUUGACCGAAGGAACUUUCAUGAUAAGUCAGUUUUAGCAAAUGUUUUUACAUGCUCGGCCUAAACAUUUUCAGACUUGGCCAACAUCGCCUUCGCCGCCACACCCGUCUACGUCUCUUCCACCGAUUUCUCUAGCAUCAACAUUUGGAUAGACGGCAUCAGAAGUGACGGUUUUCCGAGUCAAACGUACACUUUUUCGGAUGCUCAACUCACGGACACCUCGGGUUUCAACUGGAACGCGACGGCGCUGAACACGGACCAAGGGCCGUGCAAUUACUUGAUUACACGCUGGCAGAGCUCGUACGUUUUCGGAGCUUCGUAAGUUGUGCCCGUCGACAGCAGUUUAGUAGUAUUGCCACGGUCUCCAGUGACAAUGAGCGCAAGAACGAUACAUUGGCGCGAAAUUCAAAUUUUUUGUGUUUUUCGCCAGAUUAGCCACGAAAAAUCGAUAAUUUCUCAUUUGUCUCUCGAUAGACCGAUUUUAUAGGCUAUUACGAAUUUUUUAAGCGCAAGCGCGUUAAAUUUGGUCAAGUCGCAAAUCACAUUUAUCCGAUUGAAGGUGUUUGGCUAAAACUGCGUGAAUUUCAGUUGCUUUUCGGUAGUUUUCGCGGUUCGAGCGCUCAAAAUGCUUGUAUUUACGUGAUUUAUCAUUCUCAAAAUCAAUUCUGUCGGAAAACGGUCAAGAAAGCGCAAAAUGAGAAGUUUUUGGGCGGCGUAGGCGAAAAAGCGAAAUCCGCGAAAAAUGCGCCAAAACGUCAUUAAUUCUGUGAGAAUUAGUGUGUUUUCAUGUCGAACAAUCAUUUUUCAUCGCCGUUGACCGCAAAAAUCAGAAAAAACCUGCUCAAUUCAUAAAAACGCCAUUUGGCCGCCGAGGCCACGCCCAUAUUGUCAGCUCUGGAGACCGUGAGCAGAGUUGAGCGGAAGAACUCAACGGAAGAACAAGGAAGAAUUUUUAUCUUUUUUAGAAAAUUUUUUCAUGGAAUGUGAUCAACUGACGAAAUGUAUAGCAAAGUGAACUCUGCUCAUAGAAAAAUAAUUGUAAAUUUAGCGUUUCAUACAAAAAAGUGAUUCCUUCCGUCUUCCGUUAGUCCUCUUUUUCACGGAACAACUCGAAUAACUUGUUUGUAUGAAACGCUAAAUUUACAAUUAUUUUUCUAUGAGCAGAGUUCAGUUUGCUAUACAUUUCGUCAGUUGAUCACAUUUCAUGAAAAAAAUUUCUAAAAAAGAUAAAAAUUCUUCCGUGUUCUUCCGUUGAGUUCUUCCGCUCAACUCUGACCGUGCUAGGGAGAGAAAAGGAAUUGCAGAUGCGAUUCGACACAAUCCGGCAAAUCUUACUGCUUCCGUGGAGCUGUGUGUCGAACUCAACCGCUUUAUUCGUUUUGACAAUGAAACAUUUUCGUCAGGCACUAUAUAGUCUAUGUCAUUUUUUUAAAAUAAAUGUAACGUGAGAUUGCAUGAGACACAAUCAGUUGUCAGCUAAAAGACGGAUUUUGUGAUUGUAACGUUGUUUCCUGAACAAUUUUUUUUUCUCAAAAACGCAUCUAGAAACCAAACACCAAGCAGACAAAGUUAAUAAAGUUUUGUCGACGUCGUAAAUGGAGAGCGUAAAAUCGCAAAGUAUGGCGUGCAUAGUCUCGGCUCCGUUUCCGAGCCCGAGAAAUGAAGCUCCCCCUGGCGGCCGUCGUGUGUUUAGCCACACUUUUAGGUACAACCAAUCAGGUAACCCCGUAUGGAAGUUUGUCGUUUUUCAAAUGAAACUCAAAAACACAGACAAUCUCUAUCCGUAUGGUGGUCACGUAUGGCCGCGUUCGCACAUUUGGAGCGUUUGAUUCAUUUGCGUACUCGUAUGAGAACUGUCUCGCCAAAUGUUACUACAAUUCGAGAUGUGUUGUGAGCUUGAAAAUUGUGUCUAAACAUGAAUAUAACUCUAAGGUUGCUCAACACUCUGCACAAACCAAUUGCCUCAACUACUAUCCGAAUUCAACGUUGAGUGUCAUCAAGCAUACGGUUCCCAACACGUUCAGAGUGGCUUUUAAGGUGAGUUUCAUGCAAACUAUUGAAUAGAGCUUCAAAAUUUACCUAGUUUUGUAUUACAUUAUUCUUCGCAAUUGUGACUUUAAAGUGACGUAACUUUUGUUGUCCAACUUCAAAAAUCGAUUGACUUUGAAGGGCUAUAUCUCAAAAUCCAAAGAUUAUUUUUAAAAGUGGUCAAUAUAAAAAUUGUAGCAAAUUUUGUGCUCAACAACUUUGUAGUUGAUCAUUUUAAUCAAAAUCCGGUCAUUUCUGAGUUCAGGUCAAAAAAGUGACUUGUGGCCUCAAAGUAACACGUAGCUCGCUAAACCCCAAAACUCCUUUAACUUUGAAGGUCUAUAUCUCGAGAACCAAUAAUUAUUCCAAAAAGUGAUCAACACAAAAAAUUUAGCAAAUUUUGUGCUCAACAACUUUCUGGUUGAUCAUUUUUACCAAAACCCAAGCGUUUUCAAGUUCAGAUCAAAAAAGUAACUUGUGGCCUCAAAGUAACACGUAGCUCGCUAAACCCCAAAACUCCUUUAACUUUGAAGGUCUAUAUUUCGAGAACCAAUAAUUAUUCCAAAAAGUGAUCAACACAAAAAAUGUAGCAAAUUUUGUGCUCAACAACUUUCUGGUCAUAAUCAUUUUAACCAAAAACCAAGCGUGUUCAAGUUCAGGCCAAAAAUGUGAAAAUAAUAAUUCAGCGAAGUCUAUCCACUUGCCCGGUGAGCUCAGAUGUUCCGUUAUUCGGCAAAACGUCCGUCUCCGAAAGUUACACAUCCUAUGGCUCGGUGCUCAAUUACACAAUAUCCAAAGGAAACGACUCUUUUGGGAAUACCACGUGGAACUUCAAUUUCACCCCUCUGAUCCGAUGCAAUAGCACUUCGACCAAGUUGAUCAGAGGCAAUAACACGGUUUGUGUUGAGGUACGCUUCAACAAAUUGUAUUCAUCUGAAAAAGAAGCGGUCACAGGUGAAACUGUUCCCCUCCACAAGCCCGUGUCAAACGCAGGCAAAUGGCGGAAAGCUGUGCAAGACUGGAAAUGGACUCGGACUGACGGGACCGUAUAAUAGCGCCGAGAUGGAAUAUAUGAUCGGUAAGUGUUUGAUGUUUCAGGAGAAUUCGCACUCGACUCUUCAAUCUGUAGCAUGAUUUCCAAAUUUCCAAACGGGGAACAGAUGGGCAGCAGAGUUGAGCGGAAAAACUCAACACGGAAGCAUUUUUAUAUCUUUUUUAGAAAAUUUUUUCAUGAGAUGUGAUCAACUGACGAAAUGUAUAGCAAAGUGUGCUCUGCUCAUAGAAAAAUAAUUGUAAAUUUAGCGUUUCAUACAAAAAAGUUAUUCGCUAACGGAAGACGGAAGGAAUAACUUUUUUGUAUGAAAUGUUAAAUUUACAAUUAUUUUUCUAUAAGCACAGUUCACUUUGCUAUACAUUUCGUCAGUUGAUCACAUUUAAUGAAAAAAUUGACAAACGACGUAUUACUGGUUCUUGACGCCCGUAUUCCUCAUUCCAAAACUCACUCAGACGCUAGCGAUCUUUUAGGACCGCGGGGCUCGUUUUUUCGCAACAUACGCAGCCAAAUGGUAUGCAUUUUUGCGCGUCGGUGUGGCUCUGCGUACAGUGCAUUUUAUGUUACGCGCAAAAUUUAUUUUUUUAGUUGUUGAUAAAUUUUCUCCAAAUAUUCAUAUUUUUAAAGCGUUUUUCUCUGCUUUCUACCUAAAUUAGACCUUUUUACAUAUUCCAGAUGAAGUAAUACGCGAAGAGAAGUCGAUGCGAUGAAAAGAAGCGCGUAAGGAAAUGGAAGUAAUGUUUUAUUCAGAAAAUAUACGAUUUCUCGAAAAACGUCUCUAGAUCUGUUAAUCUUUUGAUUUAAAAAGUUCAUUAACAUGACUGUGAAUGUUUUCGAAUAAAAAAAAAGUAGAGUGACAGCUCGCUUUCGCGUAAAAAUUUGUCUUUUGCCGGAAAACAGUGACAUUUCGUUGAAAAAAAAAAUUUUCUCAAAAAUUGUCUCUAGAUUUUCUAAUUUUUUUGUUUAAAUAGUUUACUUACAUGACUGUGAAUGUUUUCGAACCGAAAAAAAGUAGAGUGACAGUUCGUAGAAGCAAAAGAAAAAUUUUUCAACGAAAUUUCACUGUCUUCCGGCAAACUAUCGUUUUUUCCGCGAAAGCGAGUUGUCACUCUACUUCUUUUUGGUUCGAAAACUUUCUCAGAAAUGUAAGUAAAGUUUUUUAACCAAAAGAUUAAAAAAUCUAGUCACGUUUUUCGAGAAAUCGUGCAUUUUCUGAAUAAAACCUUACUUUCACUUACUUACGCGUUUCUUUUCAUCGCAUCGACUUUUCUUCGCGUAUUACUUCACCUGGAAUCUGUAAAAACGUCUGAUUGAGGUAGAAAGUGGAGAAAAACGCUUUAAAGAGAUGAAUAUUUGGAGAAAAUUCAUCAACAACUAAAAAAAAUGAACUUUGCGCGUAACAUAAAAUGCAUUGUACGCAGAGCAACACCGGCGUGCAAAAAUGCACAGACUGAGGAUCAAACGCGCCGUGGGGCCCUGUAUGCUUUUUCAACACUACUUUUUCCAGAUCAAACCUCGGCGGCCGUCAAACCGACGACACAAUACACGUCGGGCUAUUAUUCGGGUGGCGGUUGGAUAAGUGUGUGGUUGGAUGGCAUCAAAAAUGGCGCCGCUUACACAAUGACCGAUGCAACGCUGAACGGCGUGACUGGAUACGAUUUGUCGGCGGCAACAGCCGCAUACUACGCCGUAGGCUGUCUGUUCAUCAAUAAUAAUCUGGUGGAGACGAAGGAGUACGUGAAAAAUACCCUUUUUUUCAUUAAAAAAAACGUUGUUUAGAUGCGAUUCAACGAUCCGCACAAGCACAAAACCGUUUUUCUGCUAUCGAGGAGCGUUCUGCAAGACUCAGCCGUUGUACUUUUAUUGA